GUUAGCAUCAACAAUAGAUUCUCGAUCGAAUAACAAACUUAAAAAAAAAACGAUUAUUCUCAGUCUCUCUCACCUCUCAAAUCCAUCAGCCUCGCCUUCUCUUGCGUCGACUCGGUACUCAGUUUCCACAUUCGCCAUGUAUCGCACGGCAGCUUCACGAGCCAAGGCUCUCAAGGGAUCUCUUAGCAGAGGUUUGGCACCGGCGCGUUACGCUAGCUCCAGUGCUGUUGCUACGAGCUCUUCUUCUUCUUCUUCUUCUUCAGGCUUCUUCGGAUGGUUGACUGGUGGAUCUUCUUCUUCGCUUAAUUCAUUGGACAUGCCACUACAAGGCGUAUCUCUUCCUCCGCCACUUGCUGACCACGUCGAGCCUAGCAAACUUAAGAUCACUACUCUUCCAAACGGCCUCAAAAUCGCCUCGGAGAUGUCUCCCAAUCCAGUAGCUUCUAUUGGUUUGUAUGUUGAUUGUGGUUCUAUCUACGAGGCGCCUUAUUUCCAUGGAGCAACGCAUUUGCUUGAGAGGAUGGCUUUCAAGAGCACGACGAACAGAAGCCAUCUACGUCUUGUGAGGGAAAUUGAAGCUAUUGGAGGCAACACCUCGGCGUCUGCGUCUCGGGAGCAAAUGAGUUACACCAUCGAUGCUCUCAAAACCUAUGUCCCUGAAAUGGUUGAAGUUCUUAUUGACAGUGUGAGGAACCCUGCUUUCUUGGAUUGGGAAGUCAAUGAAGAGCUACGUAAGAUGAAGGUAGAGAUAGCAGAGCUUGCAAAGAACCCUAUGGGACUCCUCAUGGAGGCCGUUCACUCUGCUGGUUAUUCUGGUGCAUUGGCAAAUCCUCUGUACGCUCACGAGUCUGCUUUGGACAGAUUGAAUGGGGAACUCUUGGAGGAGUUUAUGACUGAGAAUUUCACUGCUGCACGUAUGGUACUGGCGGCAAGUGGAGUUGAACACGAGGAACUUUUACAAGUUGUUGAGCCAUUAACUUCUGACCUUCCUAAUGUACCGCGCCAAGGGGAGCCGAAAUCUCAGUAUACUGGUGGAGAUUUUCGCCAACAUACUGGUGGAGAGGCUACACACUUUGCGCUUGCUUUUGAGGUUCCUGGCUGGAAUAACGAGAAAGAAGCAGUCAUUGCUACUGUUCUCCAGAUGCUCAUGGGAGGAGGCGGCUCAUUCUCAGCUGGAGGCCCUGGAAAAGGAAUGCACUCAUGGCUAUAUCUCCGUAUUCUAAACGAAUAUCAGCAAGUUCAGUCAUGCACUGCAUUCACUAGCAUCUUUAAAAACACCGGAUUGUUUGGAAUCUAUGGUUGCUCGAGUCCCGAGUUCGCUGCAAAAGCAAUUGAAUUAGCAGCUAAAGAACUGAAAGAUGUUGCCGGAGGAAAAGUUAACCAGAAGCAUCUUGAUCGUGCCAAGGCAGCCACAAAAUCUGCAGUUCUGAUGAAUUUGGAAUCUCGGAUGAUUGCAGCAGAAGACAUUGGCAGGCAGAUACUUACAUACGGAGAGAGGAAGCCAGUUGAGCAAUUUUUGAAGACAGUAGACGGACUUACGUUGAAGGACAUUACAGAUUUCACCAGCAAGAUCAUUUCAAAGCCUUUGACAAUGGGUUCCUUCGGAGAGGUGUUGUCUGUUCCAAGCUACGACACCGUAAGCAGCAAAUUUUGUUGAAGCAGCAAUCAUUUGCUAGAAAAAUCAAACGAUAUUUUGGGACUUGUAAAAUAAAGAUCUUUGGGACAAGAAGAAAAAGACCCAGCCAGUUUUAAUUUUUUUGUUUUAUAGUUGGUCCUAUUUUUAUUAAAUGGAUUUUUUUUUUGUUUCCAUCUACAGUUAAAAUGGCGGGCUUUUCCUGGCCGUAUCUCUACAAUAAAUAAUUUUUGUACUACGUUCUCACAACUCCAUGCAGUGGUAUAAUUGUUACUGUGUUGUCAUUU